GCCAGUAUCCUGCUGACCUCAAGGAGCAGGUGACAAAGGCCUUGGCUCUGGUUGAAACAAGGACCGGGCGCAAGUUCGGAGAUGCCACGAAUCCCUUGCUUGUUUCGGUGCGCUCCGGCGCGCGGGCCUCCAUGCCUGGGAUGAUGGACACUGUUCUGAACUUGGGCCUGAAUGACGCGACGGCGGAGGCGCUUGCCAAGCAGUCCGGAGACCGGCGUUUUGCUUUUGACAGCUAUCGCCGCUUUGUGCAGAUGUACUCAGAUGUGGUGCUUGGCAUCGAGCUGCACAACUUCGAGAAGCUUUUGGAGAGGUCCAAGAAGAAGCGAGGUGUGACGCAAGACCACGAGCUCCAGCCAAAGGACUUGGAGCAGCUGGUCAAGGACUACAAGGCUUGUGUUUAUCUGCAGCUCGGGGAGGAGUUCCCGGAGGAUCCGCAACAGCAACUCUGGGGUGCUGUGGGCGCUGUUUUUGGCUCCUGGAUGAACCAGAGGGCCAAGACCUACCGGAAGCUGCAUGACAUCCCGGAGGAGUGGGGCACGGCCGUGAACGUUCAGGCGAUGGUCUUCGGCAACAUGGGCAGCGACUGCGCAACGGGAGUUGCCUUCACCCGCAAUCCUUCCAACGGCGCCAAGGAUUCCUACGGAGAGUUCCUGGUCAACGCUCAGGGUGAG